AUGUGUCCCAUGAUGCUCAACAGCCUCUCCGACGGCCCGGCCAUGGUCCUGUCCCCCCCCCAGGAACACGCUUUUAUUCAAUAUCCUCAUCAGUCCCGCUUCAGCCCUGGCGCUGAUGCACACCGAGGGCCAUUUUUCGCGAAUGGCACCCGUGCGUUUGCAACGUCAUCCAAUACCUUCACUGCCAGACCCUCCCGCAAGAGGUCGCGAGAUGAUGUCGGGUAUGACGAUGAGGUUCCAAGCUCGGGCGGACCUGUUGUACCAGCUCCAGCCCUUGCGAAGCAGGAAGCAGAAAACCCCAUUUACGGCCCGGGUAUGGUUCUGCUGAAUCCUCGUACCAAGAUGGCUAUCUCUGCCGAAAGUCAAACCGGCACGUGGUACGAGGAGACGGCGGAGAAAACUGUCAACAAUUCUGCUCCGGUGUCCUCUCGAUCUCAGAUGCUCCAAUCCGGCGCGGCUGAUCCUCUCAGUCGCAAGUCUCAGCGCCUCGAUCCUUCCGCCCCGACUGUGGACGACAUCACCCUUUCCUCCAUACAGAGCCGGCUUAACGAUACCAGCAACACUGAUGACAAUCGUCGCAUUCUUCCCGCAAGCUCGCGCCUUUCUCCGGAGGAGCCCACAGUCGACGACGCUACCCGCAUGUUGGGGAUCAGUUGGCAGCGGAUCGUGACUGAAGACUCAGACAUGGCGGCGGCUGUGCGCGGUUGGAAGAAGUACAUCGACCGUCAGUUUUCCGCAUACCUCAUGGAUUCCGAGAUCCUCAUGAAGAACCGAGCAUUGAACGCCUACCUCGUGACCGCACGUCCUGUCACGCCCAUGGGUCCUGCAUUCGUGCCUGCCUUCUUCCUCUUCAGCGAUGACCUCACUCAGGCUCAACUGGUGGGCUCUAACUGGGACCUCUGCCUCCAAAAUCUGCGGUCCAACCCUAUUGUCUUCGAAGGAACCCAGAUUCUUAGCGCUUCCGACAGGCCUGCUCAGAGCCUUCCCUCCGCGGCCCCGCAGAAUCUCCUUGGGGCCGCUCAGCAGGAGCCUGGUCUACCUCUCUUGCAAACCCUCUGUGCCCAGCCCACCAUGGUUGAGACCGGCCUUGGUGCUGGGUUGAACAACAGCGUAGGAAUGGGGACGGGGAUGGAGAUUGACACGUAA